AUGAAAUGGCCUUCCCCUUGUGAAUGGAACAGUUUUUGGGACUUGAAAUUCUUUACAGUUGAUGGCAAAGAAAACUUCUUUGUUAUAGCAAUAUAUGUGGCAUAUGUGAAAGGAGGUGUGUUUACAAAGUACCCAGAAAGUUAUGAGUUAAGGCUUGAGGAAGAUGGUCAGGAAAGAAUUUGUAGAGUUGAACUGAAUUUGACAAGUGGAAGAAACAGUUCGCUUUACAACGUCAUAACUAAGAAAAAUUCCCAUUACACUGUAACCCAAAGAGCCCUCAAAAAAGAAAAUACUUCAAGAAAUGUCGGCGAUUGCUUCCGUCGAACUGAAUCUCUGCACAAAAUUGCGACGCAUUAUGCUGUUCAAAUAGAGAUUAAAAAGAUAAGGCACCUUUCCCAUUCGAAAGGAGUUCUGAUUUCUGUUAAGUGUUCUGCCGAGCAGAUUUUGGAAGGGUUCUUUAAAGUUCGUGCAGACUGUCCUAUAACACCCGAGGGUUUUGAAAAGAACCUUCCGGACCACGCAGCACGAAAAUUCAUUAAAGAGAUACAACAACAGUGCUCAAGUUCCCGCGGUCCUGGGCUUCUUGUGGGGUCCCGUUCAUUUCUUGCCUCUAUAAACAACAAGGGUGAAGAUGUUAGAGGGAGCCGUCCAGUUGGUGUCAUCUGCGACCUCCUCCUAUUCAACAGUAACGCGGGAGGACUCCUUCUUUUCACUGUGUGCGACCCAGUCGAAGACGACGAGCAGCUCCACGCUUACAGUCACACUACCGCCAAAGCCCUUAAAAGAUUUCUGGUUGUGCUUGGAGGCUGCCUUGAAAAGUUUUGCAUCAUCCCUCAAGUGCAUGUGUUACAUAGGCUUACACAAAAAGUGCAUCGAAUGCGAUACCCCAAUCAAUACCAGCUAGCUGGGAACGAUAAAAAGGUAAACAAAAUUCUGGAGUCGUUGGUGAACGUUCUGGCGGUAGUGCCUUCUACCCUUUCAAGUAAAAUGGGUAUCAGCUUCUUCAAACUCUUAACCAUGGAGCAGUUCAGACUGGUACACCAAGAAAUUGACCGUUUUAAGGAACUGUGGAUAAAGGGUGUAGCCGGAACCGGUAAGACGGUUGUAACACUUGAGUUCAUCAAGGAACUUCGAAAUCGUGAUCCCAGCCUGCGAAAAGAAGAAAUUCUCUUUGUGUGCGAGAACGUUGGACUUAAAGAACAAAUGAGCACACAUGGAGUAUGUACAUGUCUCUGCCGUAAAGGCUUCAUGUUGAAGAGGGGCUAUACGCCUGAAAAAGUCAAACAUGUCAUAAUGGACGAGGUCCAAAGUUUUAGGGAUGAAGACCGCUGCCCACCGGAACACUACAGCUGGUUAGAAUUUGCGAGAAUGCUGGUAAGGCAGCAAUCAGAAGAUGAUGAUGACGAUGAUGAUGUGGGAUACUUGUGGCUUUUUAUUGACAUUAAUCAAGUAAACCACUAUUUUCCAACGGGCAUUCCGGAUGUAAAAAAGCAAAAACCAUCCUUCGUUUUGACGCAAGUCAUUAGAAAUUCUAAGGAAAAUUUUGAUUAUGCUGUUAACGAAUUUAAACUUUCCAGUGAAAUUAAGAUCGGGCAUGAUUUUGAGGGUGAAGAGGUUGCGAUUGAAACUUACCAGGAACGUGAGCAGAUUCCUAAAUUAAAGUCAGUUGUUCAAUCCAUCCUUAGUAAAGGGUACUGUAUAGAUGACAUUGCUAUUCUUUAUAGCAUGCAAAGAGAAAUACCUCAGGAUCUUGAACACGAACUCGAUCUAGGGAAAAUUGUUACAGCUGAAGAAAAUUCCUCUGAACAUCUUGUAGUGAGCACGUUUCGUAAGUAUAGUGGGCUAGAGAGACCUGUAGUAAUACUUGUUAAUCUAAUGGGGUCGCUCCCAUUCAAUAGUCGCCCAUACGAAUCCAUGUAUUGUUCGGCAACACGUGCUAUGGUUAAACUUGUCAUUUUGAAUCAGUCUGAUAACUAAAUGUCGUGAACUGUGUUAAAUGUUUGCAAAAGGAGCAAUUAGGGUUGUUUGUUUUUUUGUUUUUGCUACCACAGUGCGUGGAGUCUAGUUCACUUGUGCCUAUGUGAUAUACAUUUUAGUUUCAGUUUUUAUCUGAAUAUUGUCUCAAACAAAACAAACUAGCGAUUUUCAAUUGUGAUCGACUGCAAAUUUUAUUUUGCACUUAAUGAUUGUAUCUCGGCUUACAGUACAGCUGCUGUUUUUAACGGAGUACUUAACAGUCUUUUCUCGUGCAGCACUUGAUUUUUUUCGAACUAGACAGUAUCUAGCAUAGUUCACGAAACUUUCCUAUGUUGCACCUUAAAAGAAGGAAAUGCAAGUAGAUUAUUUUAGAGGCGCACACAUCACCCUCAACUCCUCCAUUCGCUCUGACGAAGGGCUAAUGCUCGAAACGUCAGCCUUUUAACUCUUUACGGUGGCCAUUAUGCUAUUUCAACCUACUUGAUGUAACCAAAUUAUUUUAUUGGCGCUAUAGCAUGGUAUGGUUGGUGUUACGUAACAGCAAACAAUAUAGCUCGUUAGAAUUCGUAUUUUAAGUCUAUGUUGCUGUAGUUUCUAGAGAAUCAAGCCUGGAUCACGUCACACUUUUAAUAUGAAUCACAUUUAAUUUUUACAGUCUAGUUUGUUGCAACUCUUGAAUGUUUAGUGCAUCCCAAAAUGUGCUGUUAUUCAAUCUCUAUGCGUUGUGUAGAACUUCAAUUGUUUUAACAUCAGGACAAUUAAUAUGUAUCAGUAAAUGUAUAUAGAAGGUGUUUUAGGUAUCAUAGUGGUUGUUUCUACACACUAAACAGAGAAAUGACAUUAACUGAAGUA